AUGUUGGUUCCCAACUUCUUAGACGGUACCAGCGCACGUAGUGACAUUGCAAAUAUCAAGAUCUGCGACCUCAAAGCCAACAAAACUCUACUGAAACACACCUCGUCGGAUAUUCCCAAUAUUCAGUACAAUCCCUUCUGUCUCGAGGAAAAUCCAUGUGUCACAAUUCAUGAGUCCAAGCGACUGACAAUUGAGCUUGAACUGGACGCCAAUACUUAUCACCUCCAAAACCUGGAUACAAAAGCCUUGCUGAAACAGCUACCUGAAAAUCAGAACGAUUCGGACACACAACGUUCCUCUACGGGAGUAGUUUCUGGAAAGCUGCGAUUAACGGUAAAAACGGAUGAAGUAAUUCCGCUCAGUAACGUUCAAGUACGACUUAGCGGCUAUUCGUACGAAUGUGCGUAUGACAGACACGAUGCUGUCGUGAAAGCGGUCAAUGGACCUAAAUCAGGCAUUCGCUCGUCAUACAAAGUGCCCUUUGUACAGGACAUUCAAAUAUUCAAUAUCACCGAACAGAAUGAUGGUCAUCACCCAGAACUGCUUUCUCCAGGUCUAUAUGAAUAUCGCUUCGCGUUCAUACUUGACUCGGAAACUUUGCCAGGGUCUCUGAAAAGCCCUCGUGGUUCAGUCACAUACAGAGUGGAGUCCUUUGUCACCGUUUCAAAGCCCAAAGCCAAGUUUGAAACUAUUUUUCUGAGCUCAAUUGUUUUGCUGAAAAAGACCAUUCCACCACAUCUCCAUUCCGUCUCAGAACAUUAUUCUGCUUUUGGACUUUGGAGAGAUGGACGUGUUGAGUACGACUUGUUUUUAAGCUCACGGCUUUUGGGAUUCGAAGAUCCUUUUCAAUUGUCAAUAGACUUAAACCGGAACUGCGACCUUUGUAGAAUUGAUUCUGUGCAGGUGAGUCUUGAACAAACAAUAUCCAUCCCGUGUUACGAUCGCGAAAGCAGAACUGCGAAUGGGGAGUAUUUUGACGAAACAACUUCUUCUAUAUUACACUUGCACCAGAUUUGCAAAAGUGACAAACCGUUCCACAACUUGCUUUUCAACGAUCUUAAAAUACCACAAUGCUCGAAGAGUGCGUACAGAAAGGGAAACAUAUUCCGGUCAUACAUCGAAACCGGCUCUUCUCUAUCGAUACCAGGCGAAAGCGCACUCAAGCUCAAAAUCUCACAUGAGAUCAAGGUCGCAAUUCGCACACGGAUUGUCAAGUCCUCGCCAGACCAGAAAGAUGAAGAAUUUUAUCAAAUCAUACUCAAAAUUCCUGUUAUUGUUACAGAUCACAAUGCAAAAUUCUACACCGAAUUGCCGAGAUAUCAGCCCACGGCUGAGACCGUUGCUUGCUGCCCAAGCAAUGUCAGUGUGCUGACGCCACCUGAGUACGAUGAAGCUUAG